AUGAACUAUACCUACCUCUCCUCGACACCAUUCCACCCAAGUCCGGUCAUUAUAAUGACCACCAAUCCCUCCUCCAAGAAAACCCUCAACCUUAUCAACAACCCCCGCGUGAGUCUCCUAGUCCACGACUGGAUAUCGCAUCGACCACCAACCCGCACUCCCGAUCCCACAAGAGAAGGCUCCCCACCACCUCAAGCCACACGCUCAAGUCUUGCCACCAUGUUGCUCAACAUCAACACCAGUGAGCUGAGCAGUAUCAGUGCUACCAUCAACGGCGAGGCAAUACUUGUUCAGCCAGGUACCGAGGAGGAAAGAUGGUGCAAAGAGAAACACCUCGAGAACAAUAAUUUCGGCGACCAAGCAAGGGAAGAACAGGGUCUGUUCGGCUCAACGCCACACGCUCCCAGUGACGGUGGAACAAGUUGCUUCAUCGAAGGCGAAGAAGUACGCGUAGUUCUCGUAGGCGUCAGGGAAGGUCGAAUAGCAGACUGGAAAGGCGGGGUCAAAGACUGGAGUCUCUCUUCCCCUCCCAGCCCCGCGAAUUCCCGAGGCAGAGAACCUCUGACAAACGGCAUUCGAUAA